CGUGCUGGUGAGCUGAUAAGGCCGGUUGCUUAGUAUCAAAGUUUGCUUGUUCUGAACAGUGACAUUCAAACAUGCAUUCGGUUUUAAUGAAGGCGGUUCUGGGCAGUUCACCCGACUACGAUCUGUUGUUUGACUCUCUUUGUUGGACGGGAGAGGCGUCUUGUUGGCCGGAGACGGAGCGGGUGGAGGCGCUGACAACUCUCAUUGAAGGACUAGGACCUCUAAUGUCCGACCCCGAUUCAGCUGGACUUACAGAUGAGAAGAAACGCAGCAUUCACGAAAAAAUCGAGUCGGUCAUCUGGUCGAAGUGCCUGCCCUUUCUGUCCAGAAUAUCCGCAGGAGCAGACGAUGAAACGCGCUGCAGGGAGAGCACGGCGGCCGCCUGCAGGCUCCUCCGUGCCUGCGUCUCCCUGCGCGGUGAAGACGUGCAGAAGAGAGUUGCUCUCUCCAUCCUGCAGUCCUUCCAGCCGUCAGACGAUGAGCUGGCUCGGGGACAUCUCAGUGUGCAGGUCGCCACUGAAGUUUUAGCAGCUCUCAUGCCUUUUCUCACCGCGGAUGACCAGCUCACAUUCAGCACCUUGACCUCCGCCUUGUCCUCCAUCAGGUCGCUCCCGGACGCGCCGCUGGUCUCCAGAAUCACAGUGCGGGUUGUUUUAACUUUGUUGAACUGCUGCAGCGGUGGUGGGAGGCUUUCCAGCAUCCUGGAGCGCAUCCUGGAUGAUGUGUGCGGCUGGCACUCCUCUGAGCGCAGCCCGGGGGCCACGGAGAGGGCCCUGCUGUGCUUCACCGUCCUGUCAGACCACCUCCUGAAGCCCCGUGGCUCCCCGGACCCCCGGCUCUCCAUUCAGUUCUGGAGGGUCGUUCAGGACGGACUGAUCCACAGAGACAGCGUGUCACGUAAGAGGGCACUGUACCUGCUGAAGAGGAGCGCUGCUCUGUCUGAGGAGGAGGGGGUGCACUGCCCCCACUCUGCAUCAGAGGAGGAGGAGGUGUUGUUCAGAUGGGCCCCUGAUAAGAGCAGGCUGCUCAAGGAGUUCUGGGAGGAUUAUGUUUUGGUGAUGGAGACUCUGGAGGAAAACCAGGUUCAUGUUGUCCGGCCAGUUUUAAACAGAAUAGAUUCUCUGAUCCAAACGGCAGUGAAUGACAGUCAAGGCCGGGGCCUCCUCCACCCGUCCUGGCUGCUGUGUGUGUAUCAGCGGAUGUUCCACAGUGAGAAUAAAUCCUUAAUGAGAGAAGGAGUGGGCCAUCUGCUCGAGCUGCAGGUCCUCCAGCAGCCCCGCUUCGCCUCAGGUUUUUCUCAGUUUGUCGUCGGUCCAUUUAUGGACGCGCUUUCUGAAACGUCACUGUUCUGCAGGUCAGCUGAUCAGAGCGUAGGAGACUGUCCUGAGCUGGCUGUGAAACUCCAGGUCUUCAUGUCCACCUUUUUCAGCAGCCUGCCAUCAGAAGAGAGAGGUCACGUGUUGCUCCAGCUGAUCCAGCAGCUGGGCUCUAAGCACUGGUGUGCAGUACCCCUUCUCUUUGUCUGUCAGGCUCUGUCCAAACUCCCCCCGAGUCCUCUGCUGACGAGCAGCGGGCUCUCUGCUCUCAGAGAGGUGCUGCGCUGCACCAUGAUCACUCAUCAGGUCCUGCUGAGAGGAGCUGCUCAGUGCUUUCUGCUGAACAGCGCCCUCUCUCUGACAGCAGUGAGUGAAGUGACCUUAGAUGACGUGUUUAUUUUUCUGACACAUUUCCGUGCGGAUGAAUCGUUGUGUAGAGGGACGGAGCUCUGGAGCCAGCUGUGUUCCUGGUUUUUGGAACAUGAAAACGGUUUUAAAUCCAGAUUAUUCGAUGGAGAUUGCACUGAUGCUGCCACAAAAAAGGAAACUGUCAGAGCUUACGUUCAAAGCGAAAUACUCUCCUAUCUCCGGGUUCCAGCAAGCACGGGUCAGACUGAGAGGUUACCCGACUGCAGGGAGGCUGAUAAGCUGGCCACAUCUGUCCUGGUGUGUGUGGACAUGGAGAGGAGCCGCCUGGGAGCAGAGAUCAGCACCUUCCUGGAGUCUCUGCUGUCGCCCCUGCUGGACACGCUGAGCAGACUCAGCACCAAUAUCUACCUGCCUGUACGGAAGAGCGAUAAGAGCCUGCAGCUCCUGCUGCGACUGCUGCAGAUCAGAGCCGAGCCACGCUGUCAGCGAGCAGGAAGUGAGGAAGAUAAUGUGAUUGUUGCCUUGGAAAAGCUGUUUUCUAAACAUGCCGAUUCAAUCCAGGAGUUUAUCUUGAGGCGGCUGUGUGGGGAACUGCAGGAGCUGUUUGACGUGGAGCGAGCAGAGCUCUAUCUGUGUGUCCUGAGGCAGCUAGUUCGCAUGUGCUGCAAUAAAAUUCAGCCGACUACUUUCCCUAAACUCAUCAAGCACAGCCUUGCAGUCUUGCAAGAACCAACCCAGCAGGUCUCGUCUGGGACAAAUCAGGUGACCAGAGCUGUCAGUAUGGCGUCCCUGGCCACUGUCUGUGGUUUUAUGGAGGAGGAAGGGAUUGGCGUAAAAUCUGAGGUCCUUUCUGCUCUCAAACCACUGAACCAUUACUUCUAUACUUCGACAACGUCCCCAGAAUGUCCGUCAUCUCUGGGAAACAUCAACAAAUGUCUCAUUAAACCGCAGCUAAUAGACUGCUCAACCGACCUAGAAGCACAAGGCUUUCUGCAGCAGGACUGGGGUCGCGUCGCAGCCCACUUCAUGUGGGAUCAGUGGAUUUGUCUGAGCUUCCUGAUUAAAGCUGUGGGGAUUCCCGAGGCUGCGGAGAAUUCCAAAUCAUCCGAGACUCUCGGUGCCGCUCUGAGCUGCAGCGUCGAGGCUCUUUCUCUGCUGCCCAGUGACCUGGUGCUGCCUGCGCUCCACUUCAUGAAAACACUGAUGCCACAACUGGUGGCCAGUGAGGAGGCCCUCUGUGUGCGGGCGGUGACUCUGAGCUGGGAGCUCGUACGGGCGCUCAGCACGAAUGCUCACGACUUCUGGUCAGCUUUAAAAGGUUUCAUCUCCAUGGCCUUUCAGCGCAAACUCCUCCAGCUGACACACACCGAGGCUCCCAGCCUCAUGGCCACCUUGAAACAGGUUGCGUCAGAGCUGCUGGAGCUGUCUCAGUCAAAAAGUGGCGUGUUCGGUGUGCUGCUUCAACACUGCUGUCAGACAUGGCUUCCCACAGAUGGCUGCAGCUGUGAACGAGCAGACGCCGUAUUUUCUAGUGUUUUUAGCUACAUCAACAUAGUCACUGAGGCUUGUGUUUAUGGACCGGUCUUCAGGAGAGAUCAGAGACUUGUUUCAGACGUCCAAAUAUAUGUGGAGCAACUCGGUGAAAAGUGUGCUGCUAAUGUCGCAGUUUCCAGUGACGACAGGGAUGAUCAGCUGCCCCGCACACGUGUGCUGACAUUCCUGAGCUGCCUGGAUUCAUCCAAUCAGCAACAUGAAAGACUCCUAGAAGAGUUAGUUAUGCAGUUGUUGAAAACGGACAACACAAUAUCAAAGUCUAAAGUACGUUACCAUAGCAACUCCCUGCAACAUCGGGUCAAAAACAGAGUGUGGCAAACGCUGCUGCUGUUGCUGGCCAAACUCCGAGAGGAGUUUGUUUCCUCUCUACUGACGCGCGUGUUUGAAGCUGGCUUUUGCAGUAACCAGCCCUCGGUGAAAUACUUGAUCGAAUGGACGAUGGUUCUAAUCCUGGCCCGGUACCCGCAGCACAUCGACAGGUUUUGGUCCUGCUUCGAUCUGGAUCAUGAACGGACCAAAACAAGCGUGUGCACGUUCCUGUCUGUCCUGAUACAUUUCAGUGUCAUUAUCCCACAUAUUAAAGAGAAGGCGGCGCAGCUGCGUAAAGCCCUGGACGUCAUCCUGCAGUCGUGUUUCAGCCACAACUUCAGCGUGCGUCUGUACGCCUUACUGGCCCUGAAGAAGGUGUGGAGCCUGGCUGAAGGCCUGGCGGAGGAGGAGGCCGAUGCUUUUAGAGGGAUGUCGUCUGUGGUCAGAGCCUGUCUGAACCAGGCUGAGGCCAUGCAGAGUUCUGGAAAUGCCAACAAGAACUGGACGAAGAUUCAGGGGCACUUCUUCUUCGACACCUUUCAUCCUGUCAGAGAUUAUAGUGUUGAGACCAUAUUCUACACUUUUCCCAGUCUAUCAGAGUUAUCUGACGACGAGUGGAUUCCACUAUGGAAGUUUGAGAAGCUGUCUUUGUUUCCUGAAAGUUCGUCGUGUCCUUUGAGAAAUCCUUCUCCUGAUUUGGGCCGGCUGCAGCCUGGAGACUGGAUUCAGCAGGACAGAAGUGAACAGGAUAAGGAGGAGCGCUGGGCCGAGGUGCAGAAGAAGAUCACACCCUGGAGGUUAGACGUCCAGAAUCAGGAACCAGAACUUCAGCUGGUUCCAGCACAGAGAGCUGCUCGGAUUGGCAAGCAGCAGGGCGCCCUGCUGGUUGUUGCUUCGCUCAUCGACAAGCCCACCAAUUUGGGAGGUCUUUGCAGAACAUGUGAGAUAUUUGGCGCCAGAGCUCUGGUUCUGGACAGCCUCCAUCACAUCAAUGACAAACACUUCCAGUCCCUGAGCGUCUCAUCUGAGCUCUGGCUUCCUUUGUUAGAGGUGAAGCCUGUGGAGCUCUCUGAUUUCCUGCAGGCGAAGAAGAGUGAGGGUUACUGUAUUGUUGGGGUGGAGCAGACUGCCAACAGCCACAGCCUCCAGGACUACAGCUUCCCUGAUAAAACACUGCUUCUUCUGGGCAAUGAACGAGAAGGAAUUCCUGCAAACUUACUCCAGCUGUUGGAUGUGUGCGUGGAGAUCCCUCAGCAAGGGGUCAUCCGCUCGCUCAAUGUGCACGUGAGCGCCGCCUUGUUGGUUUGGGAAUACACACGGCAGCACCUCAACCCUGCUUCGUCUGAAACCAACUCAAAAUGUGAAUAA